CUUUCGACUCUUUAAACUUAGCUGUACUUCAACCCCAAAACCCUAAUAAUUCUGCAAUUUUAUACAGAGCCCCUAAAACCCUUUCCAUACACUAAAAACAAUUAUAAUGGGGCAUAACAAGAACUUCAAAAUACACUCAACUUCAACUAACAAUGGCAAUUUUGAAAACCCAGAUAGCAUGAAUGUUGAUGGAUUAGCCAUUGAUGAAGCUGGAGCAAGUUCUAAUCUUCCCAAUGAGAGGACAAGUGCUGAUUAUUACUUUGAUUCUUACUCCCACUUUGGAAUUCAUGAAGAAAUGCUGAAGGAUGUGGUGAGGACCAAGACAUAUCAAAAUGUUAUUUACAAAAAUGACUUUCUUAUUAAAGACAAAGUGGUUCUUGACGUGGGAGCCGGCACCGGUAUCUUGUCUCUUUUUUGUGCCAAAGCUGGGGCUAAGCAUGUCUAUGCGGUAGAGUGCUCUGACAUGGCUGACAUGGCAAAGGAGAUUGUCGAAACAAAUGGAUACUCUAAUGUCAUCACUGUUCUCAAAGGGAAAAUUGAAGAAAUUGAACUUCCUGUCAAAGUGGAUAUAAUUGUGUCAGAGUGGAUGGGCUACUUUCUUUUGUAUGAAAACAUGUUGAAUACAGUUCUCUAUGCACGUGAUAAGUGGCUGGUUGACAAUGGCAUUGUCUUUCCAGACAAAGCCUCUCUCUAUUUGACAGCCAUUGAGGAUGCAGAGUACAAAGAGGACAAGAUUGAGUUUUGGAAUGAUGUUUAUGGUUUUGAUAUGAGCUGUAUAAGAAAGCAAGCCAUGCUUGAGCCACUAGUUGAUACAGUCGACCAAAAUCAAAUUGUCACAAAUAGCCAUCUGCUCAAGACAAUGGACAUAUCUAAGAUGACACCUGGUGAUGCUUCCUUCACUGCUCCGUUUAAACUUGUAGCACAGCGUAAUGAUUACAUUCAUGCUCUUGUAGCAUAUUUUGAUGUGUCAUUUACAAGGUGCCAUAAAUUAAUGGGCUUUUCGACAGGACCAAGAUCACGAAAUACUCACUGGAAGCAGACAGUGUUGUACCUUGAGGAAAAGAUUACAAUAUGUGAAGGAGAGUUUAUUGUCGGAAGUAUGUCUGUUUCCCAGAACAAGAAGAAUCCUCGUGACAUUGAUAUUAUGCUCGAGUAUUCAUUCAAUGGCAAAAAUUGUGCUGUCUCAAAGACCCAGUGUUACAAGAUGCGAUAGUGGGAAUGAAUGGUCUUUAUUGUGAAGGUUUGAAAGAAAUUCCUAUGGACGAUCCUGAGACCUCAAUAAGACUUCCAUAUUUCUUUUUAAAGCAAGAGAAAAUUGGCUGAUUUUAUUGGGAGGUAUGCAAAUGUGUGGAGAAGAGCUGAAAGGCUGCAACAUGGCGUGCAUUGCUCUUUUUCCUGUUAAGCUGAAGUUUGAAUUUUAGCUGUGGAGAAAAAAAAUUGUCAUGUUGUAUUAUUAGAUAACUAUCUAAAAUUUUGGUUAUUUGAUGUAUUCUUUGAUAAUGAAUGCCGUCAAUCUUUUCAUUUUGCAACAAUCAUUGUACUAACUCCCUUCCCAUCCACACACACACUCACAACCUUGAAAGAAUGCUUCGUUUGUAAAUGUA